AUACUGCUGACACAGUUGUUGUUUUCAAACUACAAGGUUAACAUCAUGUUUUAUUGUUUGUAUGUUAAAACCUGUUCUUUUCCCUGUUUGUACAACUUGUACAAUGUGCUUUGACAAUGCUGCUCCUCAGUAUGGUGAUGCCAUAAAGCCUCUUUUGUGAAGUGAAUUGAAUAGAAUGUGUUAUGGAUGGAACAAGGACAGUUCAUGUGUAUGAAAAGUCUGUAAUUUUGUGAUUUUCUAACAGCACUUGAACGCGCCUCAACACAUGGAGUGUGCUCGUAGCCGCGCCUCUUUAUAGUAGGGCGGGGAGACGCUGUUGUUUGGUUUCUGUUGAUGUCAAAAGUUACACAAGCAAGGGGAUGAGGUUGUACAACAGGCGGGUUUCACAACUGCACACGAGGCUUCACGCGCACAUUCAUCACCCACCUGUACGGGUCACACCUGCGGCCACUGAGGUUUUCCCCGAGAGGGUAAUUAAGGAAAAACCACAAAUCCGUGUCAGUGAGAAAUAAUUUGUCCACGCCUUCUCUAUCCCUGGACAAUAACCGUGAAAGAAACACUCUUUAGUAAUAUUUACGCGCCUCUGUGAAUGAACAUCAGGAAUAUUUGGGAAUACAGCGGUAUGUUAACCUGAUUGUCGUCGCAAACAAGUAUCCACAGUCGGAGGCUCCGCUGCAUCUACUGCUCACAUCUGGGGGGGAGCCCGUGAAGUCUUCUCGUACUGGACAAAACAUUUCCAGCUAUGGAGUUGAGUUCAGUUAUUUUGACGACUGGAGGCUCUUACGGAUUCUUCAGGCUUGUCAACGCUGGAGUGAGUAAACUCCCGAUGCCCGAAACUGCCUGCAGGAACGCGUGGAAAUGGAGAAACAUCUCUACAUCCUUCGUUCACAGUCUCGUCACCGCGAUAUGGGCAGUCCUCUGCUUUUUCCUUCACCCGCGGAUGGCCGAAGACUUGAUAGAGACUCACUCUGUGUUUUCUCACGCGUUGGUGUCAUUUUCGAUCGGUUACUUCAUCUAUGACUUCUUUGACAUGGUGCUGAACCAGAAGUUGAGUCAGUCCUGGGAGCUUCUCUUUCAUCACAUUGUGGUGAUCACCUGUUUCGGCCUCUCCGUGCUGUCGUGCCGCUACGUGGGCUUUGCCGUGGUGGCUCUGUUGGUGGAGAUUAACUCAGUGUUCCUCCACCUCAGGCAGAUGCUGCGCAUGGCCAGCCUCGCCACAGGCACUCUGUACCGGGUCAACAGCAUGAUCAACCUGGGCACGUACGUGGUGUUCCGCAUCAACACGCUGGCCUGGAUGACCCGCUGGCUGGUGCUAAACAGAGACAAGGUGCCCCUCCUGGCCUACACGCUGGGCAGCGUCGGUAUGGCCAUCAUGACGGCCAUGAAUAUUGUCCUGUUCUAUCGGCUGCUCAGGAGCGACUUUCUGAAGAGCAGCACCCGGGAGGCCAAGAAAGAGAAAGAGAUGUAGGGAGGAGAGGAGGAGGAGGAGGAGGGGACACACGAAGGAUUAGAUUCAUCAACACACUCGUUACUGUAUGUUAACACCCUGUGGCCUGGAUUUGUUUUUGCUUUUUGUUUCUUUGUGUGUAAUAUACUCAUAGCUGAGAGAUGCAGGGAUCGCUCUGUUUUUCUCAUACUGUAUAGGCGCACACACACUGACACACACAAGGUGUAAUAAGUUGGACUCGCUCAGAGCACAGAAUCACAAAGCCGUUACGCUGAAAGCUACAUGGUCCCCAUCAGUUGUAGUUUUAACUUUUGGCUUCUGUGUAUGUGUGGUCCAGUUAUCCUUGAGUGUCAUUAGUGGCACAUUAAUGCUAUGAGGAGGAUUAUUUAUAUGAACAGUGCAAGACCUUGUAAAUAACACCAAACGCAUCAUAGUCCCACAGGGUGUGUCAGAUAAACCUGUUUAAAAUGUAGCUUAUGGUAACUGAAGACUGUUCAUAAAACACCAUAUAUAUAUAUAAUAUAUAUAUAUAUUGCCAUAGGAAACAGCAACAAAUACAAAAGUAUACAGUUAUAUCAUAAAAAAUAUAUUUUAUUCAUAUAUAUUCUACACAGUUGUGGGUUAUUUAAAAUCUAUUAUGUAAUAACAAUAUUAUCAGCAUCUAUCCAUUACCACUGAAUAAAGGAUCAGUGAAAUCUAAACCCUCUAGUUUAAAACUAGCACUGCAGAGGUGAAGAUGUCUUUAUUUUUUCCCACCAAAUCUCCUCAACUAGAAACCACCUGCUACCUCAGAAAGCUUCUUUGCCUCUUUCAAGCACGAGCUUUGCUGUCAGUGUUUGGCAGGUUCUUCUUUAUUGUAGAAGAAAAAUAUAAGAAAAAAGCAAUCGAGCAAAACAAAACUGUACUAUAAUGAAUUAAUAGCAAUCUUCGCUUAAUGAGAAAAUAUGUUAAUGGGGUGAUAAAUAACUAAAAUUAAUUUCAUAAGGAUACAUUUUUUGAAGUGGCAUUUGAAUAAAAUCAGAUUACAUUUUACUUUUGAGUGUGUGGCCAAUAUAAUGCAAAAAGAAUUCUUCACCAAGUUGUAUUAGGGCGCUCAUCAAGUGAUUUGAUGUGAUAAAGCAUGAAAAAAAUCAGUGAUACAUCAGUCACUGCAGGCCUUACAUUCACCGUAACGACACAGUAUAACCAUGAUCCUUAAAAUAACUUGUGCACCUCAGAUCUUACUGGCAAACGGUACUGUCAACCAAACCAUUGCAUCAGUAGAUCUCGGAGGAACAAAACCAAAUUGAGUAGAUUCUGGCUCGAUCGGCUCGUUGAUCAAUUACAACGGCAAAAGGGAGAAAGGGUCCCGCCCGACCUCCCAGCAGCCAAUGACCACGGUGUCCAACAGCAGUCAGUGACAAAGGUCGUCUGACAGCUCGCAACACACUUGAAACCUGUGAAAUGACAGGAAAACAGAACAAGCUAUAUUUCAUGGUUUGUGUUCCUUUUAGUAAACCAUGAUGUGAUACAAUUUGCAGUAGGAGCUUUCAGACAGGCGGGAGUUGUUAUUCUUCAUUUGGCCUUUGGAGGACAGCACACUCCUUCACAUCACCUCAAUGACCUCAACACCGCCAAGAACACCAGAGAUGUCUUUAUUUUGUAACGUCUUUGUAGGUCUUUGCCAUCCUGCCUUCAAUUUUAAGUCGCCAAGCAGUAUGGAUAGAUGCAGAGCAUUUCUGAGGUUGGUGUCGGAAUAAAAACGUCUGAGAUCUGUGAAUACAGCAAACUUUUAUACACAUGGCGGCUACGAGGCGGCCUGCUCUACCAACUGACAUUAGAGUCCUUAUAUGGCGUUGAUGCCAUUUAUGGUUUGUGUUGACUUUUUGUGUAUAUUCAUUGUUUUUUGGGGGGGUUCAAUUGUGUAUAUUUGUAAUUUAUUUGUACUAAUAUGUUGUGGAUUAAAAUGCAAUUGUGAAAAACAGUUGAUUACAGUGAAACUGAUAUGAUUGUGUAAGUCAUGUUGUUGUGGGGCAUUGUGCCACUUUGGGUCUUUUUUUUUCCUUUGUUUCCCCAGCGAAUAUUUUCAGUACCCAAUGUCUCUUAAGGCACACUCAUAGUCAUCUCAACUAUAUCACAAACACAGCAGCAUGUUAAGUAUGUAAAUAGACACCAACAUACUUGAGAUUGCAGUUCAAAGGAAACAUCAGACCCACAUACUGAACUCACUAAUCUGCUUUAAGCACUUCAGCGCAGCUGACGAAGUUGCACGAACACUCCACAAAUUUUAACUCCUUGUCGACAUUAAAAUCGAGACACCACUGUACUAAAGACACAACGCUAUUCAGGAGGAAGACAGUGGUGCUUGUUUAUUGUCAUCACGGCUGAUUCUCAGUUGCCUUUUUGAGAUUAAGAGAAACUCCCUUUUUGAAAUUUUUUGUAUUGUGAAUAUAGAUUUGCAUACAUUUUUUUUCCCAAUUCUUUCUGCAAAUGUUUAGAGCAGCUUAAACUUUGUUGUUGUAGUGAAGACAACUGGUGACAAUUGAAGUUAUUUCUAGCAAGCAAGCUUAUAUUUGUGAAUGUGGUGUAUAAGGCUGUAAUGUCAUUGAAAUUAUACUUGUGUGAUACCAGAUUUGUUAUUAUGUCACUGUGUGCUUGUUGGAAUUGUGAUGAAGCUCGGCAGCCAAGUGGAAAUGCCUCUUCAUAUCAAUGUCGUAACCACACAGAAGGACUUAUGGCCAAAAACAAGCCGGAGCACUGCUCUCUGCACUCCAGUUCCUGCUCUCUUUGUUUUUUUUCUAUUAUGUGCAUUUAUUUUCCGCCUACAUGGCUUGGAUUUAAAACCAUGACUGUCCCAAGGCCACAGGAUGAUGACAUGGUUUUAUAUUUGUGUGCAUUGCACACAAGAAAAAAUGAUUUCAGGAUGUAAUUGCAGAAACAGUCACAGCGGCUACGGACUUAUGUUGCUACACUGCCUCAUAUUCUUCACCCUACACAAUAAAUACGAUGGUCAACUGUGAUUUGGUCCUCAUAUUUUUUAAGAGUUUCUUUAUUAGAGAAUAGAAAAGACCAUUUUUGGAGAUAAACAACAUACAGUUAAGACCUUUUCCCGUGUUUGCUCAUUUAUAGACUUAAUUUUCAGUCUGGUGAUUGGUGUAAUAUUGUCCAUUGUUAACAAUUUGAAAAAUGAAAUUGAUCACAACAGAGAAGACUUUUGACACUGUGCAGCUUGUCCAGGACUUCAUUAAGGGGACAGAAACCUGGUUUACUGAAGCAAAUGAGACCAACUGAGGGUCUGAGAGUAAAAUCAUCUGCUUUCUCUGAGCCUCAAACUGUCACGUUUCACAGACGUUUCUCUUGCGUGUAAAUAAACUUUAUUUUUUCAUGUUUUGUCAGAGAUUGUUUUGUAAUUAAAAUUCCAAUUUAUAUGUUUAUAAAAUAACAUUAUUGGUUUAACGUGAAAAUAAAGAUCACUGAACUAAA